GGUAGAAGACCAAUGACGAGAAAUGGAAUAGAUCGCGAGAAUUUGAUUUUCCUGUUGAUCAAUGCCAGGGUUUUUGGCGAUGCAAUGCUGCGCGUCCCGGGGGUGAGUCUCGUCCCCAUCGCCGCGAUCCAGGGUGGGAAUUCGAGGCACAAAGCGCGAGAUUUCGCUGCGCGAUCCUCCUACCUGGGAAAUGAGAAUGGUGGUUCCGCGUCCUCAGAGGGUGGACGCGACGGAGUGACGAGGGUGAAGUUCGUGCUACAGAGACAAUGCAUGUUUGGCGAGCAUUUCAAAGUGAUUGGCGGCCAUCCAGCGCUGGGGGAGUGGGAUCCCAGGGCAGCGAUACCUCUAGAGUGGUCUGAUGGUCACAAUUGGACGACAGAACUAGACGUGCCACAGGGGAGCGUCUUCGAGUAUAAGUUCGUAUUGCAAUGUCAGAAUGGAUGGAUUCACUGGCAGCCCGGCCCCAACCGCGUCUUCUCGACGCCGGAAAAGAAGCCGUCGCUGGUUGUCUCCCAGACUUGGGAUUUUGAUGCCAAGGGUAUGGAAGACGGCGACGCCACUGAAGCUCGAGAGGAAAGUUUAUCAGGUGCUGAAGAAGCUCGUGGAAAGAGCAUGCUAGAAACUGAAGCUCCACAGGAAACCAUGGCAGAUACAGAAGCUCGUGGAAAGAGCAUGCUAGAAACUGAAGCUCCACAGGAAACCAUGGCAGAUACAGAAGCUCGUGGAAAGAGCAUGCUAGAAACUGAAGCUCCACAGGAAACCAUGCCAGAUACAGAAGCUCGUGGAAAGAGCAUGCUAGAAACUGAAGCUCCACAGGAAACCAUGCCAGAUACAGAAGCUCGUGGAAAGAGCAUGCUAGAAACUGAAGCUCCACAGGAAACCAUGCCAGAUACAGAAGCUCGAGAGGAAGGCACGGCCUUGGCUAGCGAGGGUGGAGAUCAAGCAGCCAUUUCUUCCCUGGAAUCAAGACAGCUUGGUGAGCAAGCAGGAUCAGACAGUGAACAAGAAGAACAAGAAGAACAAGAACAAGCUUUUGAGGCCUGCAUCGAACUCCCUGAUACUCUUCCCAAUUUCGACAGCGCGAAAGUAUGUUGCUUCUUUCUUUUCCUUUGCUUUUGGUGGCAUGAGCUUUGCAUUCCAGGAGAGGGAUGUGAUCGAGGUGCAAGUUUCAGAGGUUCGUGUGGAGCCUCAGCUCCAGCCUACAAAACUCACCGUGUGGCAGAAGGAUCGUACCUGGUUUUCAAAAGUGCUUUCAUUCGUUUUUAAAAGAUGACAAGGUCUCGUGGUUUACUUCUGUGUUUGCGAGAUCGUUAUUCGCAUGAAGUCGAUGAGCGCACAGAGGCGGCCAAAGAAUUUAGUGUCGAAUGCCGCAUAGGAGUGUAAUAUCUUAACUCAUCUUCGCAGA